ACGAAGCUCCUUGUGUCCUAUUCUCGUGUUCUGUGACAGGCAGCACUCAGUGGUGAUGUGUGAGGGGGUGUUUUUGGAGUCUUGUCAGGUCCUGUGUGCUGGGGGCAGAUCUAACGGGAUGGUCCACCGGCGCACACGCGGGUAACAGCACUAAAUAUCAGACGCCACACUUCAUUCACUUCACUCUCAAAUCACUCGGCUCCUUCACUUUCGAUUCAAACGGUCUAAUAGCCCGAGGCCGAGGCCUUUUGCUCUCUUUAGCUGUGGUUUUGACUGUAGAUUGCGCUUAACCACACCCCACUGUCGAAGCCCAGAGCCCUCGGGAUAUUUUUAGCCUUGAUGAUGUCCGCUGUCAUCUAACGGAAAGAUCACAGAGCGAAUCUGCACGGUGUGCGCGCGCACGCUCGAGCGCUUUAACUAUCAUGAGGGCUCAAAGCGCUUUUAUUAUAUGGACUGCGAUGAUUCUGCAUUCGACUGUCAUCAAAGGUCAGACCACGGACUCAUUCCCAGAAGUGAGAUCCCCUCUGAAUGAAGAUACUCCGAAAGAUCACAUGACUUCAGAAAGUGACAUUUUGGAAUCACGAGCCAGUACAGCUUUUCAAAGCAUCUCCUCUCCUUCAACGAAUUUCUCAACUGACGAGGUCCCACCUACUGUUCCUUCUCCAUCACAGUCAUCCAGAGACGCUGUAGUGCACGAUGACACCUCUCCUUCAUCACAGACCACCGAGCUACAAGAUGUCACCACCCUCAACACGGACACAGCCUCAGUACCAGAUUCUUCUGCUAGCAGCCUGUCAAUUUCUUUUUUGACGAGCACCGUUUUAUAUUCAGUAGCGUCCACAGCUCCUGCAACAUCCAUCAGUCCAAGUGAAGGACCUCAGACUGUCUCUUCUUCAGCCAGCGGUGCGAUCCAGACAACACAAACAGCUCCAACAUUCACCACCACUUACCCUCAGGCAUCUCAGAUCGCCCUGACCAGCAGUUCAAAGGUCACUGGACCUGCUCCUUUAGAAGACCAGGAUGAGUCUUCUGAACUGGAUGUCGGGGAUCAAGUUUUACUGGUUCCUGUGGUAGAGAUGAUCAGUUUCCGCUCAAUUCAUCAAUCUUCCAGAGUCAGGGAAGGUUCCCCACCGCCCUACAUCGCCCCUGGACCCCCUGCUCGCAGCUCUGGUCACCAUCUUCAUUAUCUGCACUGCCAUGGUCUCAGCCGUCCUCUUCCUCAGGUUCCGUCGGCGAAGUGAGCAUCCAGAAUUCCACCGGCUUCAAGACCUUCCUAUGGAUGAUCUUCUAGAAGACACACCUUUGUCAAGAUGCACCUAUUAGCAAUCAGGGCUGCACAAUGAUAAAAAAAAAAAAAAAUCACGAUCUCGAUUCAUACAUAAAUGCGCCCUAAUUUCUAAAUUACGGCGAUUCACUUGCAUGUUUGUUCCUCCAAUCAGAUCACACUGCAUUCACUUUUUUACCUUACAACAAUCCAAGAUGCUAUCAGUCAGACACAUUGGUCACAAUCACGUAGUGUAAAACAAAACACUUACAGAUGAAAAAUAUCAGUUGUCAGAAGAUAAAAGCGAUAUAUUUGUCGCAGUAUACUUUCAACGUUUAAGGGGAUUUCUUGUGUCAGUGCUGUUCAAUGGGUUGCUUCAGUGCCAUAGAUCUCUAUGAAGUGAAAUAUCAGCUUCAGCAUUACUAAGGUGAUGCAUUGCUUGUUGAUUGAGCUUGUGAAGUGGUGAUGUUCAAUGAUGACUCAUUCAUGAAGACAGUCCCUUGCUGCCACCUAUUGCCGUAACAAUGUAACUACACUGACCGACAGCCAUCACCUUAUGGGAUACAGUUAUUUUCAAUUUUAAAAUAGUUUUGUAUGCUUUUUAAAAAGUGAAAUUAUCCUAAUAUGGAGAGUGUUUUGUGUGAGCUCAGUUUUUAAAAUGUUCAUUGUAAAAUGAAUAUUUGCUGUGCUUAUUUCUCAAUUAAAACAACAAUAUACAACCUUACUCUAAAUAAUAUGAACAUCUUUGGUAUUAUUUUAUAUGUAAAAAAAUGUUAACAGUAACAGUCAACAGAGAGCUUGCGUAUAACUUGUAUAAAGUUUAAAUUAUUGUAAUCAGGAUGGGUAUUGGCUGAUCAUAAUGACAAGAAAUCGGUAGUCGAUAUCAGUUGCAGAAAUCCGGAUCAAAGCAUCCCUACCUCAAACGUCACCACAAAAUACAGUAGGAGUUAGCCAUGAAGGACAAGGGAUCCACACCUCCAAAUACCAGCCGCCAGACCACACAAAGCCAGGUGCUAUUUAUUAGUUGUUGUUGUUUUUUUUCUCUUCACAUAAAUAUUUAUUAUUGUUAACAUUCUAUUCAGCUGCUUACAGAUUUAAAUGUAUUAACUUUUAAGGGUUCUAAAAUUAUUGUUUUAUUUAUUUAUUUAUUUUUUACUUUUAAGUCACUUUAUUAUAACUGGAAGUCCUGUCAUGUGUAGACAACACUUUUAUUUUUUAUUUCUUUUUUUUUACACAUUAAAUGUUUUGGUUGAUAAAAUGAGAAUCGUGUGAGGAUCGUGAUCUCAAUUCCAAUGGAGAAAAAUCGUGCAGCCCUGUUAGCAAGAGUGAAUUGCACCAUUUCAUUCUUUGAUUCCUUAUUAAAGGAAUCUCAGUUUCUUAUUAAAACAGGUGUUUAGUUAGUCAUCACUACACUACAGACAGUAUAAACAACAGACUUUAUUGUCCACCAAUUUUUGCUAAUAUAUCCACAUGUUAACUUCUAUAUAACUUUUUAUUGUAAAGGUCUACAAUUUCUUGAAUCUACACAAUGAAAUAUUACUGCAUUUUUUUUUCUCCUUUUAAGGGGCUUUGGCUUAUUUUUCCAAAAUAUUUUUUAUUUUAAUUUUUAUCGGUUCCCUUGGCUUAGCAAAACGUCUCUAGGCUUUUGCACUGUUAGAUCCAUUACACUGUAGUACGGGAAAUGUUCAUUUUUAUGUGAGUGUUGUAGAAUGAGAACAAAUUUAGGUUAAACUGAAUCGUGAUUUUGAUAUUUAUGAGAAAGUUGAUUGUCCAGAUCGGUAAUGAAGGUAUGUGAAAUAACUUGAAUUGUAUUCAAGCAUAUUCACUUCUGUCUACGCUGGUAUUUGUGGUCAACCUAGUGCCUAAUGUACUUUGUGCCAAAACUGAUUAGGGUAGACAAACUGAUAAAUAUAUAUUGCACUGUUGUGUUGUUGAGAUAAACCUGUAAAGAUAAGAUUUUGUAAUAAAAGAAGAAAACUUUU